AUGCGGAUGUUUCCUGUGGUGGUUAAAUACAAUGGCAUUGAAUCAAAGUCGAUCACAGACUGCUUGAGUCUCUUGGACACGGUAAACAUAUACUGCUUGAACACGUCGUGCAAAACUGGUUGCAUUGGAGAGUCUCUGAUUUUUAGCACCGAUGGACAGGACACGAACUUCAGUUGGUCACUGAUGGACAUAUCGUUGGUCACAUUGUGCUUGUCGAAGAAGUUGGCCAAUAUUUUGGGCUCGUCCAUGUGCUGGAUCGAAAAAAGAGAGUCCUUGGAAUUGAGUCUCUCCUCUUUCUCCAUGUCGGCUUCGAACUUGCGGUACAUGGCCAAAAGAGAAGACCCCUUAGGGAACAUAGAAUGGUAUCUGACCCAUUGUUCAUCGGUAGGCCAAAUCACAGCCUGGUCCAGGGAAUUGAAAGGAGCUUUCAUCACAGUGUCGACUUUGCGCAGAUCUGCACCAGACAUGGCUGUGAUGUGUCCGAUUCCUUCGCCAACCCCAAAUCUUCCUGCUCUGCCUCCAAUCUGCUUGACGCUCGAGUCCGACAGCGACGUCAUCCGACGACCAUCGUACUUCUCAAGAGUGGUGAAAACCACUCUGUUGAUCUUCAAGUUCAAUCCCAUUCCAAUUGCGUCAGAUGCCACAACAACGUCGUACUUUCCUUCGUUAAACAACCGUGCCUCUUCAGAACGGGUCUCUGGAGGCAGAGCACCGUAG